AUGGCUAUUGAUCUAAAAGAUCUCUUAGGAGAAUAUUUACUCGAAGUCAAUCCGAACAAUGAAUCGAAUGAACCUUAUCGUCAGGUGCCGACGAGUGAUUUAGAUAACAAAGUUGUUGCAAUUUAUUUUUCAGCUCAUUGGUGUGGACCUUGUCAACAUUUAACUCCGAUUUUGGCGAAGCAUUACAAAGAAGUUCAAUCGGAAUUACAUGAUCGAUUCGAUAUCGUUUUUCUUUCGUCGGACGAGAAUGAAAUCGCCUUCAAUGAAUAUUUCAGUUCAAUGCCGUGGAAAGCUUUGCCAUAUUCAGAACGUGAUCGCGAGAAGAAACUCAGUGAAAAGCUCAAUGUUGAUGGUAUUCCAACUCUAGUUGUGCUAUCUGCUGAUGGAAAAGUAAUCAGUACUGAUGGUGUAGGUGGUAUCUACGAACAGAAUGCUGAUGCUAUUCGAUAUUGGUUAAACGGUGGACUGAAAUCGGGUGAAAACUAUGAGUGGCUCGGUGUUUCUUGUCAGGGAUGUCAAAUGAAACCAUUGAUCGGGCAACGGUAUCAUUGUUCGGCGUGUGAUAAUUAUAAUUUAUGCACAAAAUGUCAAGAGAACGGACAUGAACAUGAAUUAAUGGUGAUACCGCAGAAAUUAACCACCAUUGCAAACUUAGUUUGGAAAGGAAUUAAAGUAGAUCCUUAA